GUUGGGAUGAUCAGCCAUGAUCAUAUUGAAUGGCGGUGCAGGCUCGAAGGGCCGAAUGGCCUCUACUCCUGCACCUAUUGUCUAUGUUUCAAUGUUUCUAUUUGCCCGAUGGGAGAGGGGGGAAAGAGGGAGUGGCCAAGGGUGCGACACGACCUUGAUCGACCUAUAACAAUUGUGAUCGAGCUUGUAUUUGCUGAUCCGUUAUCAGACUCGACAGGCAAUGGAUAGGAUUGUUGGCGUUUGUUAUAAAAGCAGAAAAUGGAACACCGUCCUCACCCCUGGUCUCAGAAGCACCGCACACCAACGCUCCCAUUCAGCUAAGGACCAAAAUGAAGUGGUUACUUAUUGCAUUCGCUUGCUUUCAACUCUCAGAAUGUUUGAUCAGAAUGCCAUUGCACAGGGGUAAAUCGGUCCGUGAUGCGCUGCAGGAACGUGGAUUGCUCAAGGACUUCUUGGAGAAACAUCCAUACAAUCCCUACUCCAAGUACAUGCGCCCGAUCCACGAGGAUUCAACCGAAGCCACUGAAACCCUGAUCCAGCUGUCCUAUUUUGGAACGAUUAGUAUCGGCACUCCGCCUCAGAGUUUCACCGUGAUAUUCGACACGGGCUCGUCCAACUUGUGGGUGCCAUCCACUUACUGCUCCAGCCCACCAUGCCGGAACCAUCCCAGGUUCGAUUCAAGUGCAUCCUCAACAUUUCAGAUGUCGCGGCAAUACGUGUCCAUCCAGUACGGAACAGGCAGUAUGACUGGGGUACUCGGGUACGACACUGUCAGGGUGUCUGGUAUUGACAUAACUCACCAGGAGUUUGGUUUGAGCAUGACCGAGCCGGGCACGUUCCUGUACUACGCCAAGUUUGACGGGAUUCUGGGCUUGGCCUACCCGAACAUCGCCUCGUCUGGAGCCACGACCGUCUUUGACAACAUGAUGACCCAGCGCCUGGUGGACGAGCCCCUGUUCGCUUUCUACUUGACCAGGUACGACACUGGCAGUGGGUCUGGGAGUGAGGUUGUGUUCGGUGGAGUCGACCCAAACCAUUACACCGGGCAGAUCCACUGGGUUCCUGUAACCAGACAGGAAGGCGUGUACUGGGCUGUGUUUGUUCACAGCGUGAAGAUCAACGGGCAGGUGGUGGCGUGCCAAGAUGGAUGCCAGGCCAUUGUCGACACGGGCACCUCCCUCCUCACGGGUCCCAGCUACGCCAUCGGCACAAUCCAGCGCAUGAUCGGGGCGAGCCAGCAAUCCAAUGGCAUGGCCAUGGUGGACUGCAGGUAUCUCCCCCGCAUGCCUUAUGUGACCUUUACCAUCAAUGGCGUUGACUUCCCCCUGCCGCCAUCUGCCUAUGUGCUCCAGGUAAGCUCCGGCUGCACCAGUGGCUUUGCCUCCAUGUCUUUGGGAGGAGGUGAGGAGCUGUGGAUUCUUGGCGAUGUCUUCAUUGGAGAAUAUUAUUCCAUCUUCGACAGGGGAACCAACCGCGUGGGUUUAGCGCGGGCUGCUUGA